CCGCCAUUUUGUUCUGCUGGGCCCUUCUCUCUUCACAGUGCAGGAGUUGGUAACUUCCGUUAAGCUUCAUAUCAUCGAAAUGGCAGCCGCGGAUAAACGGCUGUGACUGCCUCAGGCUACAGGUUGGACCGCCUCUCCUCAUCAGCUCCCUUGUACAUUAAAGAGAUUUUAAUCCCAGUCUCGGUGUGAAAGAUGGGAUUGCUGGGAGCCAUAGGAUUUUCUUUAGCUUUGGUUUUUCUCACCCAGAUACAUCAUUGUAGGGCACAAGCAUGUAAAAUUUUAUCAGCAAAGUCAGCAACUGCCUCUUCCAUUUUUGUAAAAUGGGAGAGUUAUCCAGGAGCAACAAGCUAUAUGUUGGACACCAGAAGGAGAAACUCGUCAGAUACGGCGCCGAUUGUCCUUGUAUUAGGGGCGCAGGUGACUGAGAGGAACAUCCUGGCUCUCAGUCCUGGAACUGAGUACAAUGUGACUCUUAAAGUGAUAAAUUUUUUAAGUGUGAGCUGUGUGACGUCAGCAUUGGUACUCACAGUGCCUGAUACAUCACAAAUAUUACAAGGCUGGUCACAGUCAAGUACCUCCAUUACUGUCAGAUGGACAGCAAUACCAUCUGCUCAGCACUACAUCCUGCAGGUGAUCUCCCAGGCUACAGGGACUAUGCUAAACUUCACCUACUCCAACACCACAGCCACGGUGACAAACCUGCAGCCCACCACCAACUACGACUGCUACGUUUACACGGCUAACCAGGCAGGCUUGGGAAGCAGAAGCAACGUCAGGACCAUCACAACGCUGGUGCAGCCUCCUGUUGGAGUUGAAACAACACAAACCAAUGCAGAAACGGUGAGCGUUACGUGGACGUCGGUGGUAAACGUCCUGAUGUACCAGGUCACCAUUCGGAACCUCGAUGAACCCAACAUGAAGCCUUCUGUGUACAAUGUCACAAAAACCAACCUGGAAAUCAACGGCAUCCGCCCAUGCUCCAACUACCUGAUAUCCGUGUCCUCGUUCAGCAAGUUCCUGGUGCUGAGCGAGCCCACAAACCACAACUACAGCACCAACAAGUUGGCACCAGUGUCGUCUGUAUCGGUGGAUUACUCCUGCACCACAAACUCCGCCGUAGCUUCUUGGUCGUCUGUCUUUGGAGCCAACUCCUACAUUGCCACGGCAGUGGACAAAAAUGGAUCAGAGGUGCAAUGCACGAGCCAGGGCACCAGCUGCACCAUCGGCGGACUGACGUGUGGCCAACAGUACAAUGUGCACGUCACACCCGUGUCAAACAACUGCAAGAACCAGGUCAACGCCACUUCAGCUUCGUUUCAGUCCGUUUCCUGCCCUCCUGGCAACCCGAUGUUGUUGCGAGAAUGUAGCAGCAACGUUAUUAUCUUCUCAUGGAAUCACACAAGCAGCAUAGAUUUCUACAUAGCCCAGGCACAAGACUCGAAGGGAGAGGUCUUGACCUGCGUGACCGAAGACAACUCCUGCUACUUCACACAAACGGCAUGUGGUCGACGGUACCGUUUCACCGUAUACUCCGUCACAAAGGGCUGCAGGAGUGGGGUUAGCUCGACUGUUGAUGUUCAAACAGCGCCAUGCAUGCCCCAGAAUUUGCAGACGUCAGCCAGUUGCGGCAGUAACGUUCUGGUCAGCAAGUGGGACCACGCUGAGGGCGCCUUGCGCUACAACGUUGAGGCUCAGGGAAACACCCGAAACAGCAGCUACAAAUGCAGCUCACAGUCCAACAGCUGCGCCAUGGAGGGCGUCCUCUGUGGAGAUCAGCUGACCAUGACCAUCACUGCGUACGACGACGAAUGCGCCAGUGCUACAAAUUUGGGUCCGCCUGCUGAGACAGUCCCAUGCACCCCCCAGAAUGUGUUGGCUACGAAGGAAUGCGGGUCCAACUCCAUCAGGGUGUCGUGGAAGAUGAACAGUGGAACGGCAUUCUACACUGCUAUUGCAAAGUCCAGUGACAAUGUGAUCGGCAGCUGCAACUCCAUUUCUCCAUCCUGCACCAUCAAAGGCUUGAAGUGCAGCAGCAACUACACCGUCUACGUCAUUGCCUCCAACUUUAUCUGCAACAGCUCAGAGAGCGAGAUGGUCACCUUACAGACAGCCGCCUGCGCUCCAGACAAUGUCGCCACCGCCCUGGACUGCGCCUCCAACGCUGCUCUGAUCUCCUGGCGGUGGAACUCGCCCAUAAACUCCUUCACUGCCACCAUCACUGAUGAAGUUUAUGAAACUCUUAGCUGCAGCUCCAACACGACCAGCUGUAUCGUUCCCAACCUGAGAUGCGGCCGCCUCUACAGCGUCUCCGUGCUUCACAACGACGCGACCAGCUGCUCCAGCGUCCCGUCUCAGCCCGUCCACAUGGAGGCUGUUCCUUGUGGUCCGUCUAACGUCCAGGUGAACUUGAACUGUGCCUCUGGCGCCGUGAACAUCAGCUGGGACGCGCAGAGAAAAGCUGAGGGCUACAUCACCAUAAUCUCAAACGCUAACAAGACGACGGCCCAGUACAACACCACACAACCCAGGCUGCUGAUUGGCUCACAGGACUGCGGGCAGCAGUACACAGUGAAGGUGAUGUCCUUCAACCAGAGCUGUGUCAGUUUUUCUUCACAAACACACUUCAAAGAAGCGCCGUGCGUGCCCACUAACGUGUCGGCAAGCAGAAGCUGUGGGCAGAAGUUUGUGGAUGUGGCGUGGCAGGCGAGCCGCGGAGCCCAGAACUACACCGUGACGGCGGUGGACGGGCAAGGCAGCCGUUUGACGUGCGUCUCCACGGAAACAUCGUGCCGACUGGACGGCGUAAAGUGCAGCAAUGUUUACAAUGUCAGUGUGGUCGCCAUGGACGACUUGUGCAGCAGCAUGAGGAGCACACCAGUGAAACUGACCAUCGAGCCUUGCCCUCCGUCUCAGCUCACUGCCUCCAUUAACUGCUCUGAUAACUCUGCCAAGUUGAGCUGGGGCAGCAGCCCCAACGCUGCGUCCUACACUGGAAAGGCGAGCAGCUCGGACGGACACACGGUGACCUGUGACCCUGGCCUGACACUGGAAUGCCAGCUGAAGGGCCUGCAAUGUGGCAAAAAGUACAGCUUCACCGUGUCAGCGUCAGACGGUGACUGUCGAACUGUAGACAGCCAACCUGUCAAUCACACAACUGCCCCUUGUGCUGUUCAGGGCGUUAUCACCCAGCUGAACUGCAGCACCAACGAUCUGAGCAUCAGCUGGACGCCUGGAUCCCUCCCUGUCAACUACAGCACCAGCGCCGUGUCUGCCAGCGGCUCCGUGCUCCGCUGCUCCACGGACGACUACAGAUGCACUUUGGCCGGCUUGCAGUGCGGUCACCGCUACACCGUGAGCGUGAAGCCCAUCAGCAGCACAUGCGAAGGCCGCAGCAGCGUCCCGCAGAUUGUGAAUGCAGUCCCCUGUGUCCCAGUGAACGUCCAGGGCAACGUGGAGUGCUCCACCAACACCCUGCAGGCGUUCUGGGCUGCAGCUGCUGGAGCUACAAACUACGUCUCCACCCUCACCGGACCGGGAGGCGUCUCCACUUCCUGUCUGACCGCCAACCAAACCUGCUCUUUCCCCAGUCUGCAAUGCGCUCAGACUUAUAAUUUCAGCGUGGUGGCCAUCAACGACAGGUGCAACAGCACAAAGAGCAGCACUGUCUCUGCAAAAACUGCUCCAUGCGACCCUGCAAACGUCGCCGCGUCUCUGAACUGCCUCUCUGAGGUGGCGACAGUGACGUGGAGCGCCAGCGCCGGAGCAAACUUUUACACGGUCGUGGCUCAGGCCGGCGGACUUGUGGACUCCUGCAACUCAACCGGAACCUCGUGUGAGCUGAGCAAGCUGCAGUGUGGAGAGAAUUACACCGUCACCGUGCUGGCCGGGGACGCCAAGUGCAACAGCUCCAUUCUGGCCAAAACCAACAUAGUAACAGCUCCCUGCACUCCAGUGAUCCAGAAUUACUCUCAUUACUGCGUCACUAACCACACUUUGGUUUCGUGGGUUGAGGAUAAGGACGCCAUUAGCGUAGCGGUCAACGCUACGUCUGACCGGGGUCACUCGCUGUCCUGCAGCUCUUCCACCAACACCAGCUGCAUUCUGGGUAACCUGCUGUGUGGGCACACCUACACGGUCCAGGCUGUCGCUACCGGAGUCCAGUGCACCAGCAAACCCAGCUCUGCUUUCCAGAUUAUCACAGCACCCUGCACCCCGGGCAACGUGGAGUACCAGUACUACUGCGGCUCUGGGAUUGCGCUGGUGAGCUGGGAUGAGGCUCUGGGCGGGGACAGCUACUACGUUCGCGCCCAUGCAGGCGACCAUUUCGUCUCCUGCAGCACCAGCCAGGACACCGACUGCUCUCUGCCGCCACUGCGAUGCAGCCGCAACUACCAAGUAGACGUCAUCGCAAUGGCUGGCAACUGCAACAGUAGCAUUCCUGGAGUCACUCACAUACAGACCGCUCCUUGCGCUCCCACCAACCUCAACGCGUCCCUGUUGUGUGAGAACAACACGGCGGAGGUGAGGUGGCAGCCUAGCAACGGAGCGGUGCUGUACAGCGUGACGGCGACUGGACGAGACGGCGACCUGAAGCGCUGCACCACGAACACCUCCACUUGCUUAUUACCCAACAUGCAUUGCUCUCAAACCUACAUGAUCAUCGUCAGCCCCUCCUCUAACCAGUGCAAAGGCCAAGACACGCAGGCAUACACCUAUCAUGCAGGCUCCUGCCCCCCUACAAACAUCCGAGCGUCUUUGCAGUGCGCUGGAAAUGUGGCUCAUGUGACCUGGGACGCUGCGCUGCGAGCCGAGACGUAUGACGUUACGACCGUGCCCUCCGUCCUGGACGAACACGUCCACAGCUGCUCCACCGACGGAACCAACUGUUCGCUCACGGACCUGCACUGCGGCGAGACGGUCGCCAUCACCGUGGCAAGCAUAGAGAGGGGCUGCCGGAGCAAACCCAGCGACCCGCUCAUGUUCAAAACGGUGAUCUGCCCGCCCACCGCUGUGAAUGCUGCCAAAACUUGCAGCAACAGCGACAUCACCGUCAGCUGGGAGCUGAGUCCUGAAACCGGAGCUCAGUACUUCAUCCGCUCCCAGAAAAACGGCGGCUCGGUCGCCAACUACUCAUCGUCUCAGCCGUUCCGCGUGCUCAGAGGGCUGCGCUGCGGCGAGAUGUACAGCUUCAAGGUCGCCGCAGUGAACUCUGAGUGCAGCAGCGUCUUCGGCGAGCAAAUCGAAGCUGAAACGGCUCCCUGCCCUCCCAGCAACCUGACUGUAGAAACUGAAUGCGGCACAAAUCUGGCGACUUUGAGCUGGGCUCCCAGCAGUUACGCCGUUUCCUACACCGCCACCUACACCGGUACGCACGGUCACGUGGUUUCCUGCUCUACCAACACAACCAGCUGCUCCGUAAAGGUGGACUGUGGACACCAGUACUCCGCUGUCGUAGUCGCCUCCACUGUAACCUGCAACAGCAGCCACUCAACUGCAUUGACCUUUGACUCAGCUCCGUGUCUGCCUGACCGGGUGAAAGCAGAGCUCGACUGCACGGCCAACUCCUUCUUGGUGCAGUGGAGAGGAACCCUCGGUGACGUUGGCAUGUACACGGCCAUCGCCAUCGGCAGCGACAACACGCGUGCGAGUUGCGACUCCGCCAGCACUCAGUGCACCAUCCGCAGCCUGAAAUGCGGCGUCCUGUACAGCAUCGUCGUCACCACGGCCUCCAUCGACUGUGGGAUCAUCAAUGGCUCAGACUACCAGAUUUACUCAGCUCCCUGCAAACCAGCCAACGCCUCAGUGAAUCUGGAGUGCAGCACCGACCUGGCGAAGGUCACCUGGGAGAACUCGGGUCCGGAUCAGCGUCAGGUGGUGACCGCCGUGGACAGCAGAGGACAGACCAGCGUCUGCAACUCCAGCAGCUCCAACUGCACCUUCCAUCAGCUGCAAUGUGGGAAUAAAUACGCCAUUAACGUCGUCGGCUACACCAACUCCUGCAGCAGCGAACCCGCUGCUGCUCAGGAGCUCAGCACCGCUCCCUGCAUCCCCACCCACGUCAAAGCGCGCGUGGACUGUGACAGCGACAUCACGGCCGUGACGUGGGACGAAGCGCUCGGCGCCACUUCUUACAGCGUCUACGCCCAGGGAAGCCUCGGCCACAGAGCCCAGUGCGACAGCGCGAGCGUCAACUGCAACUUCAUCAACCUGCAGUGUGGGCAGGACUACAACGUCACAGUGGUGGCUCGCCAUGACACCUGCGUCAGUGCGCCGAGUGAAGCCAUCACCAUCAGCGCCGAUCCGUGUCCCCACAGCGGCUUGCAGACGUCGCUGGACUGCAACACCAACGCAGUCUCUGUGUCUUGGACUCCUGGCAGCGGCAUCCUCUACUACAACGCCUCAGCCGAUCCUUUUAACAUGGCGGAAGAGAAAAGCUGCUCGACCCGCGGCUCGUCCUGCAACAUCACGUCUCUGCGCUGCGGCGAGAGCUACAGGGUCAGCGUCAGCGGGCAGGGACAGACCUGCCCCAGUCCGUCCCAGAGCUGGAACAGAAUAAACACAGCUCCGUGUCCUCCCACCGACCUCAGGGUCAGCUCUUCCUGUACAUCCAACAACAUCUCGGUGUCGUGGCAAGGCUCGCAGGGUUCCAUGUCCUACAUGGCCGUGGCAGAAAAUGAAAAUGGUCGCCAGUGGUCGUGCAACACAAGCAGCACCACCUGCCAAAUACCUGAACUGCUGUGUGGACAGAAGUACAAUGUUUAUGUCGUCGGCAUCGAUUCGACCUGCUUUGGAGCCAAGAGUGAAAUAAAAAGGAUUCGCACUGCUCCAUGCGUUCCAGAGAACGUUGAGACACAUCUUGACUGUCCAUCUGGAGUCCUCAACGUGACCUGGGAAUCCCCAGGCUACUUCACACGCUUCCAGGCUUCCGUAGUGAGCAGCAAGGGCCACCUCAACAUCUGCAGGACGGAACAGAAUUACUGCGUGGUGAAAAAUGUGGCGUGUGGGACGACGUACGAUGUGACUGUGACGGCCCAGGAUGAGGCCUGCAACAGCUCCAACAGCCCCAUAAAGCAAGUUAAAACAGCUCCCUGCCCACCAUUGUCCUUCCAUCCUCGCGUGGACUGCAGCAGCGGCGUUGUCUCCGUCACCUGGAACAACAGCGUCUCAGGGGUCGUGUACACCGUCUCUGCGGUUGAUAAGGAAGGUCGCGCUCAAAACUGCAGUGGCACAAACAGUGGCUGUAACAUCAACACCCUGCAGUGUGGGACCGAAUACAACGUCUCCAUCACGCCGUCCUGGGAUACAUGUGUGGGCCAGGACAGCGCCACCGCGCUGAUUUCAACAGUUCCCUGUGUGCCUCAGUUGUCAGAUGUGGAGAUCGACUGCCUGACAAACUCAGCCUGGGUGAUAUUCGAUGAGUCUGACGGCGCUGAAGGAUACGUCAUUAUCACAACAAACAGCCAGGGCGCCGUCCAGACGUUCGAGUGCAAUGCCACGUCGGGCGGGAUGUGCAGUCUGCCGACGUUACCCUGCAGCCAGAACCUCACCUUUACCGUGAAGGCCCAGAACGAAGAGUGCAUCAGCGCCGCCAGCAACGGCGUCACCACAGAAACAGCGCCGUGUCCUCCUCAGGACAUAAGUGAAACCAUAAACUGUAGCGAUGGAACCCUGUCAAUCAGCUGGGCAGCUGUUCCCGGGGCGAUAACGUACACGGCCACGCUCGAAGAGCUGAAUGGCGGCAUGUCAAGCUGCUGUACAUCGGCCGCUGCCGAGUGCGACAUCAGAGGCCUGCCGUGCGGGGAGAUGUACAUCCUGCAUGUGACAGCCGAGGGUCGGACCUGCAACAGCUCAGAGAGUGUCGGGUACAUCACAAGGACAGUGGCGUGCGUUCCAGAGAACCUCAAAGCCAAUCUGAUCUGCAGCAGCAAUGUGGCGUCCAUGUCGUGGGGCUACAGCCGCGGCGGGCAGCUCUACACCGUGACGGCGGUGGGCGCCGGCGGACGUGUCCGAGUGUCGGUCGCCUGAUAACCAGUGUGAU